AAGAGCCAUAUAUCUACUGUCUUCCCAUAAACCCUGGCUGUGUAAGAGCGAGCUACAAAUUUUCCCGCGAAGCUUCCACCCUUGCCAACGCGGGAGUAAGCCCCUGCAUCAAGCAAAGGGCGCACGUUAGAGCCUUGGAUCUUGCUGGGGUCAACACAGGAGCCACAGCUGCGAGCCCGCUGAAAUGUCUGGCGUCGCACGCUCACGCUUGCAAGAGGAGCGGAAAGCCUGGCGGAGGGAUAAGCCGUUCGGCUUCCAUGCUCGACCAGAAACCGCAGACGACGGGAGCGUGAACCUGAUGAAGUGGAAGUGCCACAUCCCCGGGAAACAAGGCACGGACUGGGAGGGCGGCUUCUACCCGCUCACCAUGGAGUUCAGCGAGGACUACCCCACCAAGCCGCCCAAGUGCAAGUUCCCCGCGGGCUUCUUCCACCCCAACAUCUACCCCUCCGGUACCGUGUGCCUCAGCAUCCUCAACGAGGACGAGGGCUGGCGGCCCUCCAUCACCAUCAAGCAGCUGCUGUUGGGCAUCCAGGAGCUGCUGGACACGCCCAACCCCGGCAGCCCCGCCCAGUCCGACGCCUUCGUGCUGUUCACGCAGCAGAAGGCCGAGUACGUCAAGAAGGUGAAGCGCCAGGCGCUCAACUACCCGCCACCCUCGUGAGAGGGAGUCGCAGGCGGCAGCAGCGGCAGCAGCGGUAGCAGGCAGCAGCAGGGGCGGGGGAAGGAGCUGUAGGGAGGAGAUAGACGGACGUGCAGGAGGCAUGGCAGGGAUGUGGGCUGUGCUAUAGGGAGGGGCAUUGGGACCUGUCGGGGCGGAGGAUGCAGGGCGACGCAGGCUAAGCAGGUAGCAGCCCAGCUCCAACGACGCACAGGCGUCCGAGUGCUAGCUGUGUCGGGUGCGGUGGGGCGUGGGUCACGGGCACUGGUUUCCCGAGCACCAAGAGUGCGGUCGGGCGGUCACGUGGGCGUGGAGACUGAUUUCUCGUGAGCAACAGGACCAAACAACUGCACAGAAUGCGCGACGGGCCGUGGUGUGUGCAUUCUUGCUCUUGCAGCACUGAGCAGGCUCAUGAGCUGAUGAGGCUGAUGACCACAUCAGCAAUUGCAUGUAAUUUGCCCAUGCUGGAUUGCUGAGAGCCCAUUGAUUGCCCAGCGCUGUGUGGGCGCGGCACAACGGGGUGGUGACCUGGGGCGGCGCAGACGCGCGCACCUGUUGGGCCAAUUGGGCCUACCUGUAGCGCCUGUAGAAUCCGAAUCUGCGAGCUCUGCGAGCUCUCAGGGGAGAAGGCGACUGAUGUUAACCAGGUUAAAGGGCACCAGUA